AUGCCUGUCCCUCUGCGGACAACAAUCCAAAAAGCAGAGGCCAAAUACAAUGUUACCACUGAGUUCACCAAUUACAAUCUCCAUGCUGGUGCAGCCAACGGUGACAUAGGAUUGGUGGAAUUCGCACUCCACCGUCGACAACCAAUCAAUUCAGUGCUGGAUGGCGUUCAACCGCUACAUGCAGCGGCUGCUGGUGGGAAUGAGCAGGUGGUCAGGCUCUUGAUUGACUACGGUGCGGAUGUGAAUGCCCCAAGGCUUCCGAGACGCUACUCCAACGAAAAGGGACGAGAUGCAUCUGCCCCUAUCGUCGGUGACACUGGUGCUACCCCACUCCACUUCGCCUCUGCGAACGGCAACACCGAGAUCGUGAGGAUACUUUUGCAGAGGGGGGCUCACCCCGACCUAGCAGACAAGCAUGGGGUCACACCAGAGCAAUUAGCACGUCGCCAAGGAUGGCUAGAGUGCGCUGAUUUGCUACGAGAUUGGGCGCAGAACAAGGACAGAGACCUCCGAGAAAGGGAGGGGAGGAUAUCCGGCUAUCAGCCAAGUGCAGAUGAAGCCGUUGUAGGACGUGUAGACCCUCAUGAGGCAUCUACCUCUGGCCGAAAGCGUCUACACGUGAAGAAGUCCAUCGACACUGCGUUCCACAUGUUGAAAGGGUCAGCUUCUGAUGCUCACCUUCGUCUGCACACCCUCAAAUCCUCGUCAUCGAAACCAAAUAUACGAGUUGGCUCAACUUUUCAUACCCCACCGGCAUCGCCUACUCGAUCUUUUGGCGAGUAUACAUUCUAUCCCAUAACCCCUGCGGACGAUGGCAUCGACCCUGCCGAUCCAUCCAAGCGCCGACCUUCCUUGCCUCACGUUCUGAAUCCACUUUCAUCUGGUAAUCGUGAGCUCCACAAGGUUGAUCAUAUUCUUCUGAGUGCUCAACAUACUCUUUCUGCAGCAUCUCUUACUUCUUUCAAGUCAUUGCCACGUCAAUCGACAGCGUCACCAAGUCCUAGGCGACCUGGAUCUGCUGGCAGCGAUGCUGAUAGAGUUGACUCCGCCAACUCUCCGCCCCCUGCAUGUAGGAGGCUCGGGUCGAAAUACUCUCUCAUGAAUCUCUUCAAGAAGGGCCAGUAUCAAAGUAGCGAAGUUCCCUCCGACUCCUCUUCCACCCAUAGACCCAGCCUUAGCUCCUCGGUGGCGCCUAGCUCGGUGUCUACCUACAGUUCUUUAUUCAACCCAUCCCUGUCGCCUACUUCCCAUCAUCAACACCUUCCAACCAUUUCAAAUGAUACUAGUUCGUCUUCGUUGAUCAACAAGUCUCCAGGAUUUCGCACAGGCAGUAGCUCGCCUAGCUCGAAUUCAAUACCCAUCGCUACUCGCAAUCGCAAGAUCUCCAGUACUCAAUCACAGUCUCCGCCACAUCAAGGUCUUCAUCAAGUCUAUAGACACCACGGUCCAUCAGCAGUAGAAUUGCAUCAUGCCAUGGCUCAACAGCACUAUGCCUCACAACAGUCUCUUUCAACAUCUCCUAGGCGUCAACAUCUGGAACACCUCAGAAACCGUUCAGCAUCGGUACGUAGCGGAGCCCCCGAGUUAUCACCACCCCUGCUAUCGGACGACGAUAUCAGCCCCAGUCCAGAUGAUUUCUCUCUCCCCUCUUCACCUCAAGUGGCAGAUAUUCUUUCUUCGUCGCCGCCUGCAGAUAUGCCGCGAAUGGGUGUUCUUCGUGCAGGAACUGCUUCGCCAAGGGAUCGCUCCGGAAGCGGCAGCUCCAUCAGUCGCUCUCGCAACAGGAGCGGGGCUGUCUUUGAUGACGACGUUACCGUUCCGGCCAUUGAAUCCAUGUAUUCUCGGGCCCCCGUUCGUCCGCCAGGUCCAGGGAUUCUGAGAGGACAUAACAGAACAUCGAGCGGUACCAGUGGCGUGGGGAGCGGUCGGUCCCUCAGGUUUGAUUCCGUAGGCGCCACCCGUCGCCCAGACAAUAUUCCCGUUGUGUCCGCGGUUGAUAGUACAUUGCGUGGCAGCACCAGCACCAGUUCUCUGUCCCGCGUAGUAGCACCUACCCAAACGGAACAAUCAGCGCCAAUCGCCGUUUCCAGUUUCCCGAUUGCCCCCAACGUCGAACAAGAGGAACUUGAAGAUGAUUAUGGCGAAGUUUUGGCAGAACCCUCCCUUCCUAAGCCGUUACUUGACUUGGAGGUCGUUGAGAGCGCAGUACCAUCCAGACUACGCGGAUUGUCGUUCACCAGUUCCUCAGAUGGCUCGUACUCGCCGGUAGACGGUGACAUGGGUCAAGAACAGUUGCUGACAGGUGAAGAUCAUGGCACUCACACUCAAUUCCCCUUCAGUCUCAACCAACCGCCGCUUCUCCCCCUCAUUGAUGCUUCAGAAGGACGUACCCCUCCGCCCGCCGAUGACCCCACUGAUCUUCGCCGUUUACGCGUUCCUUCAGGUGAUGACGACGAGGGCAACCGGACCCGUGGUGACUCUGUCAGUAGCGCAAGCACUGGUGUCAGCUCUCAAGGCGCUUUGCCUGCCAUAUCAUCGUCAACGACGAACGCUUUAGAGGGCACGUUGAAUGAGCCUGUUGUAUAUGUGGAGGAAGUGGAUGGACUAGAACCCACGGUAAAAAUUGCCGUUAAUGUUCCUCCUGCCGAGAAAGACACUCCAGGCGCGAAUGGCUUCGGCCACCGUCGCACUCGUACCCCCAUGGAUAUCAACAUCUCGUCCAUCUCGACUCACGCCCAGGCCGAGGCUCUCGUUCAGAAAGCACAACGAGACAUCCUGGAAAUGGAGAACGAGAUCUUAGAGUCCGGAGGGUUGAGUACAAGCAGUACAGGGUACACUCCCCUCAGUGCUAAAUUAGCAAAGUAUGGGGAAAGUUUGGCUUUAGAACGUAAACUCAGGGAACAGAAGCAAAAGGAAGAGCAAAUGAAAGAGGCCACGAGUGCACCCUCUACCGGGUCUAGCCAAUCUUCACCACCUUCCUCCACGUAUACUUCUCAGGACGUUUUGAAUGAACCCACAAGGUCCGCGCCUGUAAAUGUUCACCGCCAAUAUAGCUUAGAGCAUCGGCCGAGGCGACAAGGGUCCCGAGUUACCCAGAAGCAACCUCGACGACCGCAUACCAGUAGCGGAACUCCCGAGACCGCUAGGAAUCUAUUCACGACCAAGACCCACCAAUCCUCGCAAUCCGCAUCAAUCAUCGACAUUCGGCCAAGAGCACUCUCAAUCGAUGCUGAACUCGACUCUCCUACUACCCCUCAUCCUCGUCAACCUCCUGGUUCGUCUUCCGAUGACUUACAGCCGACCGUGGAGGGUAGCCAGCCUAAAUCGGCACCGUAUACACCUUCCCCAAUGUUAUACUCUGAAGACCUCAGUCGGACUAGUUCGUUGGAAGUCAAUGAUACUGAUGGGGACUGUCCUUCGACAUCGAGCAUCGGCUUCACUCCCCGCACUCGACGCGAUCAACCCAGAGAUAUCGCUCGCGCUACCAAGUUGACGAAGAUGGGCUUUACUGCCCCUCAUCCACAGCCGCCGGUACCACCCACUAAACGUUUCGGUGGUAUCAAAUCACUUAUCCAAGGUCUGAAAGGAAAGUAG